AUGGAGCGGGACCGUGAUCGUGACCGCGAUCGCGAACGUGACCGGGCAGCCGAGCGGGACGUGAAGCCGCUCGAGCCGCGCGACCUGUCCGCGACGCGCCUGUUCACCGCGACGCAGAUCAAAAUCAGCACCUCGCCCACCACAUCACCGACCAUCUCGAACUCGUCGUCGCCCACACCGACCCCCCCGAUACCGGCCGUCUCGCCCGCGGUGACGGGCGUCGGCAGCGGGUACCACCAUGCGAACCACAAGCAGAUCACCGGCAUACCGUGCGUGGCCGCCGCGUCCAAGUAUACCGCACCGGUGCACAUCGAUGUCGGCGGUACGAUCUACACCAGCUCGCUGGAAACAUUAACCAAAUAUCCCGACUCGCGGCUAGCCAAACUCUUCAACGGCUGCAUCCCGAUCGUGCUGGAUUCGCUCAAGCAGCACUACUUCAUCGACCGUGACGGUGGUAUGUUUCGCCAUAUACUUAACUUUAUGCGCAACUCAAAGCUGCUCGUGUCGGAAGACUUCCCGGACCUGGAGCUGCUGCUGGAGGAGGCCAAAUAUUUCGAUAUUGUUCCUAUGAUCAAACAGAUCGAACUGCUGAAGAAGGAGCGGCAACGCAGCGGGAAUGGUAUUCCACCGUUCGGCGGGGGCAGUCGGAGCAAAUGUAAGGGAACGGUACAGGCGGACACGGCCAGCCACGACGUGGUGGCGCUGCACAUCUCGCCCGACCUGGGCGAGCGCAUACUGAUCUCGGCCGAGCGGGCCGUCCUGGACGAGGUGUUUCCCGAGACGAACCAGGCGAUCCUGGACGCGCGGACCGGUGCCGCUUGGAACCAGUUUGACGGCCGGCAGGUGAUACGGUUUCCGCUGAACGGAUACUGCAAGCUCAACUCCAUCCAGGUGCUGACCCGGCUGCUGAAUGCGGGCUUCAGCGUGGAGGCCAGCACCGGGGGCGGCGUCGAGACGCAGCAGUUCUCCGAGUAUCUGCUGAUACGCAAGAGCGCGAUGUGAUAGAGUACUUUCCAAAAGCGUUCGCAUCCUUAGCUUUCGAAAAGCCAGUGUCUGCGCGUCGCGUAUCGGGGAGCUAAUUGCGCUUCUCGCAGCUACAGUUUUGAGUUGGGAAAGAGAAGAACGGAGAAGACCGACAGACACACACAUAUGUACGAUGUGAAUCGUAUUCGCCAUGAUCGUUACACUUAAAAAAAAACUCUACGUAUUAGUAAAACAUUGUCUCCCCCUAGCAAGCCACCUUUUUAAACAGUCUUUUCCGCCUGCCGUAAUGUGGAUUGCAUAAGCGCAGGCGUAAGUAUUUAAAUAGUAAACACAGCAACAAAAAAGCGUAAAAAUAAACAUAAACAAAAACAUAAUCGAUGUAAGUGGUCCGAAAGCAAAACAAAAAAAAACUGAAGAACAAACCUAUCCGGUGAACCUCCGAUGUAUUAAGUGAAGCAUAGCGUAAAGUCUAGUUAAUUAUAUAUUAGUAGUGGUAGUAGUACCCUUUCACAUUAACUUUAUGUUACCUCUUUGUAUACUACGUAAGCGAGUCGGGACCCGAAUCCGUGGACCGAUCUAAUAAAAACCAGCUCCCACCAUGAAA